GGUCUGUGUCGGGGAUCAGUAAACGGCGGUAAUCAACAGUCAACUGUGCGGCGCCGGGAGGGCACAAUCGAGGGAAGGAAAUCGUUACGUCGACAGCGAAACAUCGACACCAAUAUAUACUCGACAUUAAAACGCGUUAAAAAACAAACCAAAUCCAAAAGUAUGGACACCAGUGGCGGCACCGGUAGGUCCGGUGCGUUGAAAAUGGCCGCCAAGACUAAUAGCUCGUCGUUUGACGAGUGUCUGAAUACAACGCCAAACGGGUCCACCCCUACACCCAUACCAACGUCCAGCUCUACCCCUAUACCGGCCUCAAUAGCGACGGUCGGCGGUAGUCGUCUGAGUGGCAGUCCCUUUGAUGAGACGGCCGAGUGGGCAGAGAUUGCCAAUAUUAUGGCCUCGUUUGGCACCGGUAUUGGACGGGACAGUAGUCUCGGCAAUCAUUUGAACACUAAUGGCAGCGAAGAUAUGGACAACAGUUUUACCAGUUGUAUGUCUAAAGACUCGUCGUCGACGGACUUCGAGGAGCAGUCGGUGGAGGACUGGUUGGCCCGCAUCGGCCUCUCAGAGUACGGCCAACUCCUGAUAGUCAACGGCUUUGAUAACGUGCUAUACAUGGGCUGUAACGCUAUGGACGACACAGAUCUGCUGGAAAUAGGUGUGACAAACGCCUCGCACCGAGAUCGUAUACUGGGCGAGGCUAAACAUUUGCCCAGGGUCAAACCGUUGGGCAAAAAUCACAAUCAUGAUUUAACCGUAGACCAAUGGCUGGACAGUUUGCGACUGUCUGAGUACAGGCAAUCGUUUGCCAGCAAUGGUUAUACCGAAAUGACCAGGGUCAGAGACUUGUGGGAAGUGGAGCUAAACACGGUGUUAGAGAUUAGCAAACUCGGUCAUAGGAAACGCAUAUUAGCCUCACUGGGCGAACGGCUCCGACUAAUGGAUGAUCUUGGCCUAAAUGAUCUCGAUUUUGAUAAAUUGAAUCUCAAUAUAAGCCAACUGUCCGUCGAUGAAGGCCUGGACACGUGCUCUACACUUACGUCCGCACCAAUUGAGUCGUCGGACAAACGGUUAAAAGCAGAUUCCGGGGCCACAACAGGGGCCGAGUCGGGCGCCGCUGUCCAAUGGAAACACCAGAACCGGGAACUGAUAGAUAGUUCGUGCAAAUACACGGCCAACUACUUGGGCUCCACACUUGUCCGUGAGCUCCGGGGCAUUGACUCGACCCGAGCCUCCAUACAAAAGCUCAAACUUAGCACUAAAAAUAUUGGGAAAAUACCUCAAAUAAUGCUGUCUAUCAGCUAUAAAGGGGUCCAGUUUAUUGAUGCUGAGACACAGGUGAUGGUAUGCGAGCACUCCAUACGUAACAUACAAUGCAUUUGUCAGGACAGCGAAGAUCUCAAUCAUUUUGCUUACAUAACCAAAGAGUUGGAGACAAACAAUCAUUAUUGUCACGUGUUUUCAUCAAACAAUACGGUCAAAUUAAACAACACGUAUGUGACCACGAUUAACAUAACCACCACUAGUAAUAAUAGUAAUAAUAAACAACCGGCUAUUAAACCUCUGCCACCCGCUAACGAUCAAAAACCCGUUAUAAUGAAUAACUAUAGGGUUGCCAAAAAUAAUGGUCAAAUGUCUACCAAUGGUAAACCACAUAAGGACAACAACACUACCGGCGCCGGCAGCUCAAUACCUGUGUCCACCGGCACCGGUAGUCCCCCAACACCUGUCGUACCCGCGAAGCAGUCGACGGCCACAUCGACGCCGGCAUCGAUCAAGACUACCGGCGCCGCAUUGGUUGCCAGCGGUUCAGUACCGGUGCCGUACGCGCAGCCGAAGCCACAGUCCAAGCCCUUACCUAUUGGUGGAAAACCGCUGCCAUCGCCGCCCACGGGUGCCAAACACCAGGGUCUGAGUCGACCCGUGCCGUCGCCAAAGCCAUCGACAAUUCCCAAACCAGUGGCCAUUAGUAGUGGUAGUAAUAGUAGUGUUGGAGGGGUUGGGGGUCAGCAGCACAGGGAGGCGGUGUCAAACACUACGGCGAUUACUCGACCCAAACCU